AUGGAACAUAAAAUAAAUAAGCAUAUAACAGAAGAUGAUGUAAAUUUGAUAUUAUUAAAGUGUGGAUAUAAUGAUGUAACUGUAGAAAACUACGACACAUCCAAUGCUAGUGAUCAUAUGCUGGGAUUUUUGGGUGAUUAUUGGAAACUUAAAAUACAAAUAGCAGUAGAAAAUAGACAAAAUACUGUUAGAAAGGUGCUUAAUUUUUUUAUUAAAGCUAUAUCUAAAUCGAACCCCUCUAAGGCCGAGAUUGUGAGAAAUAUGAAAUUAUUUGACAAGGAGUUAUGUUUUUAUUCAGUCAUAAAAAUGAAGAUAUAUUUACCAGACAUGCAACCGUGGUGUGCUAAAUUAAUAACACCUCUGAAUGAAGCAUUAGUGUUGGAAGAUUUAAAGUCUCUGCAAUACGAAACUCGUAAUAAGUUCGCAAGAUUUGACAGAGAACACACACUUCAGGCAUUAAAGACAUUAGCUCGGUUUCACGCAUCUACCAUUAUAUUUGAGGAAAACAAAAAACAGGUUUUACAAAGCGCUUACACGAUAAAUGACGAGUAUUCACAUCUGCUAGACGAGGGAGGUUAUAAUAAGUCAGAUCCUUGGUUUCUUCAAUGUAUGAAUGGAGCUCUUGAAGCAAUUACUGCUUAUUCAAAAUAUAGUAAUAAUGAGAAAACUAUAAAUGUAAUUAAAACCCAAUGGAGUAAUAUUUGGUUUUCUGCUUUAGAAUUAAGUAAAAUAUCAUCGAAAUACAGAAACGUAGUAUGUCAUCGUGAUUUAUGGAACAAUAAUAUUCUUUUCCAUUAUAAGAAAGUUGGAGAAAAGUCUAUACCUGACGAUUGUAUGGUAGUUGAUUUCCAAGCUGUAAGCUAUCAACCACCAGCCGGAGACAUCAUGCUUCUUCUGUGUUGUAACUUAGAUCCAAAAUUUCGAGAAGAUAAUCUUAAUUCGUUUCUUGACUAUUAUUAUCAAGAAUUACGAACCAUACUCGUAAAUUAUCGUAUUAAAAUUGAGAAAGUUCUAAAUAAAGAAGAUUUUUUAAAUUCUGCAGAUUAUCUACGAAAAUGGGGUCUAAUUGUUUGUGCUUGUUUAAUACCACAAUUUUGGAUUGAUGACGAAUUGACAACUAAGAUAUUUUGUGAUACAAUUCAAUUUGAUAAAGUUCUUUCCAAGGAUAAAGGUACUUUUAUAAAAAAUAUGAUGGAAACAAACAAGGAUUAUAGAGAAAAUGUCAUGGAAAUAUUUCAUGAAAUUAUAGAGAGAUACGUAACCUUUUAAGAAUAUUUUUGCUAUAC